AUGGCCCACUCCAGCUUGACGACCGACUGUGCUACGGACCUAGCGUUCAUGGCCGCUCGGCUCUACAUCCGCAACACCGUGCUUCCUGCGCCUGCGUUGACCACACCGAUCGACAGUCGUGCGCCUCGUGCGACGGGCGCCAAGGAGACAUGCGCUGACGUUGGACACACGACGCCGUCCGCGGUCGUGGUAGGCUUCCCGGCGCCGGUGCAUCUCCAUGGCGACGAUUCGCACCGUGCUCGUGGACGAAGCCUCUCGUGCGCUGCGGAAACCUCUGCUCGACAACAGCCCGCGCCGCCAAGUAUCGAAGAGAUGAACGCGUACCGCAUGACCUUGCACGCGACGCGCGAGCAAGUCGCUGCGUUGAAAGCGCGUUUGGCCCGCCGGGACGAGACCAUCCGCCGCCUCGCGCGGCAUCAUCGCCCAGGCUCUCGCUCCAAGCAUCGCGACCAGCAAGAAGCAGCGGUCCGCGACACCGUCGUGACGCACCUUCUCGCCCGCAACGCGAACCUCGAGAGCACGGUCGCCAUGCUUCGCUCGGCGCUCGACGAUGCGCAAGCGACGGCCGACGCCUUGGCCACGCGCACGUCGUCGACGCCACCCCACGACUACCAAUGCUAAGUCGGACGCGAAGAUCGCAUUCUUGUACUCUAGUGCAAACGAACGUAACCAAAGUCCCUGUACCUA